CGGUGCGUGUGGAAAACAAAACCAAACAAAGCGAAACAACAACAACAAUAACAAACGGUGUAUUUGAGAGCGCAGGAAAAUGGACCGUGGAAAUCAAAACCCGUGCAAGUUGUAAUGUUUUCUGGGGUGCGGUGGAAGACGCAGAUAGACGGCGUUUGCUGAGUUGUUUGAGUAAUGAAUAUUGAAAGAGUGUGUCGGCCAGCUGAAAGGGAAAAUCUUUCAUCCGCAUUGGCUUAGACACACAUGCCAUCAGUGGGGCGAGAGCCUUUAUCUCCUCUCUGGAUUUUCCAAUUAGCAGUUGUGGCAUCGUAGAACAUACUACAGUAGCCAUGAACAUAUCGGAUGUAUGAAUAAUAAUAGUAAUAAUAAUAACAAUAACAGAGGGAGAGGAGGGGAGAUAAAAACACUUAAUUUAUUUAUUUCGGAUUCUUUAUGUGGCCAAACAUGUUCAAGUAUCGAAUCCGCAUGUUUUUUAAUGAACUGAAAGUCCUGGUGUUUAUGCGAUCCGAUUCAAGACAGUCCAGCUCAGACACAGAUAGACGGUCCAACACCAACACCAACACCACUAUGCGAGGUCUGGGGAUGGGCGGCUGCGGCUGGCCGCCUUUCGUCGACUGCCAUUCCCGGGACGACGAGGAGGAGUACUACGGCAGCGACCCGCGGCCCCGGAGCCUGGCGUUUGAGGAGAAGGAGCCCAAGCUGCAAGUGGGCCUGGACGCCGUGUCCCUGGCCAGCACCGCCAGCAGCCUGCGGACCCCCCAGUGCCGGAUCUGCUUCCAAGGCCCAGAGCAGGGCGAGCUGUUGAGCCCCUGCCGCUGUGACGGCUCUGUGCGCUGCACCCAUCAACCCUGCCUCAUCCGCUGGAUCAGCGAGAGAGGCUCCUGGAGCUGCGAGCUCUGCUACUUCAAGUACCAGGUCCUUGCCAUCAGCACCAAGAACCCACUGCAGUGGCAGGCCAUCUCUCUGACCGUCAUUGAGAAGGUGCAGAUAGCAGCCAUUAUUCUGGGUUCCCUGUUCCUCAUCGCCAGUAUUUCCUGGCUCAUCUGGUCCUCCCUCAGCCCCUCAGCCAAGUGGCAACGUCAGGACCUGCUCUUCCAAAUCUGCUACGGCAUGUAUGGCUUCAUGGAUAUCGUCUGCAUAGGCCUGAUCAUCCACGAGGGAUCGUCGGUGUAUCGAAUCUUCAAGCGAUGGCAGGCUGUCAAUCAGCAGUGGAAAGUACUGAACUAUGAGAAAUCGAAGGACUUGGGCGACCCGGUGAGUUCGAGCAGUAAGACAGGCGCUCGAGGCUCUCGCGGUAACCCUCACGGUCUGGCCAGCAGCAGCAGCGGGCGACCGAGCAGGAGGCUAAGAACUAUUCUGAACCACCACUGUGGAUACACCAUCUUGCACAUCCUGAGCCAGCUGAGGCCCAACGACCCGCGGAUCAGCGCUGCCGCCAACCGGGAGGUGGUGAUGAGGGUCACCACCGUAUGAGCGGCACGACAGGAUGAGACCCCGUCUUUUGUGUCCCGAUGUAAAUGACAGGAGGGACUUGAUGUUGAAUACUAAAGACUAAGUAACAGGAGCCCCGUGAGGAGCUGAGUGAUGCCCGGAGCAUCAACAGACAGCACACACGAGGGUUUCUCCUCUUGUUUCAUACAACAAAAGAAAGCCAGAUGCUCCUUUUCAAUAAUUAAAGAACUGAUGAAAAUACAGGAUUAAAAAGCAUUAAAAGACAUCAAACGUGAAACAUGUGAACAGGCUUUACAAACCUGAUCCAAGAUGGCGAGACGUUUUUUCCAGUUCAAUAUCAGGAUGCACAGAAGCAUUUUUUUCUUUGUUUUUAAUCCUCUUGGUUUGAUUUGUAUCUCUUCUUCUUCUUCUUGUGUUUUUUUUUUUUUUUACUCACUUUGAUUUUGUACGGAUGUAUGAUUUUAGAGGAAAUCAUGUAACUCCAUACAUGCCAAGCAUUUCCAGACAGCUAUGUAUCAUGAUCUUAAAAAAAUUUCUACAAGCUAAACCGAUGCUGGUAAACAGACCGAAAACUGAAACUAAACAAACAUGUGGGCUCCACAGAGGUGACGACAGGACAAUAAGUCAUAAUGAGUAAAAAAAAAAAAUGAAAAAUGAAAAAAAAGAAACAAAAAAUAAAAAAAAAUAAAGAAAUCAGUAAGAUUUCAGUUACACUUUUAACCUUUCUGCAAUAAAGAUACGUAUGUACAUUUCACAGGGAAUUUUGCAUGGGUAUAUAAUUUUAUUCUUGAUCACAUUACAUAAGCACAUGACAAAAUUUGCUCUAUUUCGAAUGGUGCUUGCCAAAAUAAACACUUAAACAUCCAAUUUCAUUGCACCAACUUUUUGUCAGCAGGACAAAUGGCAGUGUGUUACAGCUCUUUCAGCUAAAAUACAGUUUGUUGCUGCUGUGUGCUGAUUCAAAUUUGAUAAUAAGUUAAAUCAUUGGAUUAAAAAAACGGGGAUCGGAUGAUCUCUUACUUCUCAGUCUCACUCAGUCUCUUAUUUACCCAACCUGUAGCGUAACGCAUGGUUUGGUUGAGUGUGUCAUUGUUUUUCUGGUGUGGAAAUGUAGUGAUGUGCUGGAAAUAAAGCGGGACAUCCUUCAUUUAGAAUUUUUUUUUAAAACUUGAUUAACCCUAUUUACAGGGGAUCAAGUCUGUUUUAUUUCUCUCUUUUUCUGUCAUAUAUCUAUAUACUGUUACUAUGGUGAAUAUUCAUAUUAAA